ACACUUUCUAUAUACAUUUAAUUUACAUUUAAAAUGAAAUCAUAUUCAAUUCAUUAUGAAACACGGAUUAAAAAAUAUUAUACCGUAUAAGUCAGAGACCUAUCAGAGUAAACAGUGAAGAGCACUGAGUUGUGAAUGCUGCACAUUUGAACCGCAUGUUGCCACCUUCCCCGCGUGACGUCAGCCCAGUUGUUUUGGGUCUCUCGGCCAAUCGGAAGCGCGCUCGCACUUCUACAGAAGCCGAGGUGGGUCCAACCUCGCGCCAGCUUUUAUCCUACGUUACUCAUCACAACGCCCCCUCGGUAGGGUGCAUGCACGGGGUUCUGCUUUAAACGGCAGCUCUGAGAUGGAAACCCCAUUGCAGUUGCAGAACGAUUUCUAUCCAGAGCAGCAGCACUAUAAGCAGCACCAGCAGCACUACUGCGGACGGGAGGAAGAGCGCUCCAUCAGGCACUGCACCUGCAACAGCUCCUCCACCUGCGAGGAUGCCAGAAAAAGCCAGCCUUUGCACGGGACGCCGCUGGGAACUUUAAGGACACCGUCCGUCUCAUCUUCAACCAGGCAAGGCGCUCAGUACAGCGAGUUCACGCCCUCUAGUCAUGGUAGUUCAUCCAGACACCAUCAUCAUCCUCAUCGCGAGCUUAACCGGCAGCAAAUUCGGGGCAGUCCGGCCAGCAGCCACAGAGAGAGUAACUCUUACACCCAAAUAGCCAUGAGCAGCUGCAGAUACAACGGCGGCGUGAUGCGGCCGCUCAGUAACUUGAGCUCGUCCCGCAGAAACCUGCACGAGUUUGAUUCGGAGUCCCAGCCGCUGCAGCCCGUCUCUGCGGCGGACGCGUCCGACGCGCUCGCCUCCAAGCCGGAGAACAACUCCACCACCCUCAUGCCUUACUCGGCGGGGGACGGCGGAGGCGGAGGAGGUGGAUGUAGCCACAGCGGCGGCAAAUCCGGCAAAAAGAAGAACCAGAACAUUGGACAGAAGCUCGGACACAGGAGGGCCCUGUUUGAGAAAAGAAAGCGUCUGAGCGACUACGCGCUCAUCUUUGGGAUGUUUGGCAUCGUGGUGAUGGUCAUUGAAACUGAACUCUCUUGGGGAGCCUACGGAAAGGAGUCACUGUAUUCUUUAGCCCUAAAAUGCCUGAUAAGCCUUUCUACAAUCAUUCUUCUUGGGUUGAUUAUCAUAUAUCAUGCCAGGGAAAUCCAGCUUUUCAUGGUGGACAACGCUGCAGACGACUGGAGGAUAGCCAUGACCUACGAGCGCAUCUUCUUCAUCUGUCUGGAGAUCUUGGUGUGCGCCAUACACCCCAUCCCGGGCAACUACACCUUCACGUGGACGGCGCGGCUCGCCUUUUCCUACGCACCGUCCAAGACAGACGCUGACGUGGAUAUCAUCCUGUCCAUUCCCAUGUUUCUCCGUCUGUACCUCAUUGCUCGCGUCAUGCUGCUGCAUAGCAAACUCUUCACCGAUGCGUCGUCGCGCAGUAUCGGUGCCCUCAACAAGAUAAACUUCAACACACGCUUUGUCAUGAAGACCCUCAUGACUAUCUGUCCCGGGACAGUGCUGCUGGUGUUCACCAUUUCUCUGUGGAUCAUCGCCGCCUGGACUGUGAGGGCGUGCGAAAGAUACCAUGACAACAUGGACGUAACCAGCAAUUUCCUUGGAGCCAUGUGGUUGAUCUCAAUAACUUUUCUAACCAUUGGAUAUGGGGAUAUGGUCCCUAAUACAUACUGUGGGAAAGGAGUCUGUCUCCUCACCGGCAUUAUGGGAGCCGGAUGCACUGCUUUGGUGGUCGCUGUGGUCGCAAAAAAACUGGAAUUAACCAAAGCCGAAAAACAUGUACAUAACUUUAUGAUGGACACCCAGCUGACAAAAAGGGUGAAAAACACAGCUGCUAAUGUUCUCAGGGAGACGUGGCUCAUUUAUAAAAACACCAAGCUGGUGAGGAAGAUGGACCACUCCAAAGUCAGGAAACAUCAGCGCAAGUUCCUUCAAGCCAUUCACCAGGUUAAUUCAGCCCUCAGUAAAGCACAAGUGAGGACACUUGCUUUUGAUAUAUAUGGGCCAUCUAAAAGAGGACGUACGUGCCCUGUAAAUGUCACUCUCUUCCAGUGACUGAUUAUUUGGGAAACCCAAAAGGCAAAAUGGUUAUAA